GACAAUUUACUUUGAAUUUAAAUUUUGAAUUAGUUUUAUGACUUUUUCAACCAAAUUAUAACAGUCCCUGCAAUGAUUCCUCAACGCUUUAUACAGAGUUAUAAAUGCGAAUGUUUUCAGCCCCAUAACUAUUGUAAUUGUCCCUACAAGGCAAUAGCGGCCAAAAUUCAUAUGGAAAAUGUGCAAGAUGUAGCUGAAACAUUAGUUGAGGUUAUGGAAAUCUGUCACAUUUCACUUCGCAAAGCAAGAUUGUCCGCUAAAGUAGUCACCAAAUAUUUCCUGCAUUUUGAAGAACUUCUCCAACGCAUUGACGCCAUACCCAAGAAACGUUUGUUACGGGAGAAUCUAUUGCAUGACUUACAAGGCAAAUGUGAUAUGCAACCCAUGGAAGUUCAAAUGUCGUAUUCCAUAGUAAAGCGUGCAUUUCGAGCUUUUUACCAUGGUAGCGGAGAAGGUGGGGUUCCCAAUCCCUGGUUACAUUCUCAACUAAAACAUACUGCGGAAUGUAUGUGGGCACAUGCUGCCACUCGUACUGCUCAAGUUUUUACUGCCUAUGAGGGUAUGUUUAUGGUUACCCAAAAAAAUGUGGUGGCCAAAAUCAGAGGCCUAUAUAAGAGGUUAUAUGAUCGUAUCUGUGAAAGAUCUUUGCCGAAUGAGAAUCAAGAGUGUACUUGCACGACAUGUCCUAAGCGACUGGCCAGAGAAGGUCUAAGGGCAGCUAAGGUAACAACUGGAAUGCAUAAAGUUUCAGAUCCCUAUGAGGAGAUGUAUCAAAAAAUCGUAAAAGAAAUCAGGAUGAAGCAGGAAAACGAAACGAAUAAUGAAGAGGCAAAGGAUCUGUUGAACGUCUCUAGGAAACCUUGUACGUGCCCUGCUUUAAAGCCAAGCGAUUCUGACUUGACCUAUGAUCAAUUGGCCAAAUCAUGCAACACUGGCUAUAGUCAAGGCCCUUUUGAUUGUCGUUGGUUUGAUGUCAAGCUUGAGGAAUAUGAAGCAGAUGAUUUGAACGAAUUGGAAAUCAGUUUACCGCAAGAGUUUUCCUGUUUUCCUUGCUCCAGUGGCAAAACUGAAGAGCUGUCUAUAUGCGAAUCAGUGUGUGAAUGUGAAGCUUGCUCUUGUCAAACAGAAGAAUGUGAUUAUGGUGAAGGAAAUGCUGAAUCUUUGUACUUAGACGAGGAAGUAUUAUUUGGUGAUAAUGCUUUGGACGAGAGCGAUACUUAAGCCAAGAAAAAAG